AUGUCUGCCGCAAACACCCUCUUCCCCUACCUUCGCAAGGACCCUUCAGAACUUCCUGAGGGUGAAGAUCCUUUUACCAUCACCACUCGCACGGGAUACCUCCCUUUUUCACUCCCUCUUGCAAAACUCCCUUCCAAAUUCGAUCCCGUGUCUGAUCUUCUCAACGACAUCCCUAUCCAAAAAGAAGAUGGCACUCCUGGGUUGCUGGCCACAUUUGAACUCGGACCGCUCAUUGACAAUGGAGCUCUUCCCGAUUUGACCUCCGAGAUUGAUAACCUUGUCGUUCCUGGCACAGACAAGAGGGAUAUGGCUGCUAUUACUGCUGCUUUCCGUGACUACAGCUUCAUUGCUUCGUCUUACCUGCUAGAACCCUGCUGGGAGACCUACAGUAAGAGCACAGACGGCGGUUAUGGCCUCGGUCGUCAAACACUCCCCAAGUGCAUUGCUGGACCUUUAGUCAAGUGUGCCGAGAUUCUCGACAUUCCCGCAUUCAUGUCCUAUGCCGCUUCCUACGCCUUGUACAACUACUGGCUCGUCCACCCAGAACAGGGACACGACGACUAUGGCAACAUCCGCCUCGUUCGGGCUUUCGAGAAAGGCCUUGACCCAAAGUCUUCAGAGGCUGGUUUCAUCCUUACCCACAUCCACAUGGUUGCCCAGACUGGCGGCUUGAUUGAAGGAGCAGUAGAUCUCCUAGCUGCUGUCGAGAAGGACAACAGCGCUAGCAAGAUCGCAGAGGCCAAGGCUAGCUUGGAACUCAUCCUCAACGCCAUGCAGAUCAUCGAGUCUAACAUGGAGGGUAUGUGGACUCAAUCCCUUCCAAAAGAUUACAUGACCUACCGAACCUUUAUCUACGGCAUCACCAAGCAGUCCAUGUUCCCGGAUGGCGUUAUCUACGAGGGACAAUACGACGACAAGCCUCAGUUCUUCCGUGGAGAAUCUGGAGCCAACGAUGCCAUUAUUCCUCUCUUGGAUCACAUCUGCGAGAUCCCAAUGCCCAAGAACCCUCUUACCGAUAUUCUCAUUGAGUUCCGCGAAUACCGCCCCAAGCCUCACCGCGCAUUCCUCAAGUACGUCCGCGAGACAGCUGUAGAGGUCGGCGUACGAGAUUUCCUCACCAAAUCUGGCGAUCUCGGUCUUGCAGUGCUGUACCUCCGGGUCCUCGACCACAUCCGAAGUUUCCGCUGGCGACACUGGAUGUUCACCCGCGAGUACAUCCUCAAGCACACCAUGCACCCGACCGCCACAGGAGGAAGUCCUAUUAUCACCUGGUUGCCUAACCAGCUCGGUGCGGUUAUGGAAUUGAUGGAGAAUGUUGCAAAGGGUUCGGGGCUUUGGGCAGUUUUGGAGGAGGGGGUUUGGAAUGGAGGUGGUUCUUUGUCUCAAGAGGACUUUAUCCUGGUGAAGAAGAUCAUGGAUAAUGUGGUUACUAAGAAGGCUCAGCUGCAGAAGGAGGUGAAUAAGUAUUGCCAGGAUCGGGGAGUUUAG